AGAAGAAAAUUUACUAAACUCCUCAACAUCUGUCUCUGGCUUGAGAAGAGAAACCGAAGAUGUCAUCGCACACUAACGAUCCCCGUCAGCCAUCGGCGGCGAGACCCUACGUGGCGCCGCAGAUUGCACCGCAGGACCUGCCGAUCGAUUACGCCGGAUUCAUCGCCGUCAUAUUUGGCGUCGCUGGCGUUAUGUUUAGGUACAAACUGAGCUCCUGGCUGGCACUCAUAUUCUGCGCGCAAUCCGUAGCGAACAUGCGGAAUGUCGAGAACGAUCUCAAACAAGUUAUGAUGGCUAUGAUGUUUUCUCUAAUGGGAUUGAUAACAAACUACUUUGGACCUCCCAGACCUGGCAAACAAAGCUGAAAUCUCAAGAUUUUGAGGUAGAAAUACACCAUUUUUUUAAGUGAGGGAAGUUUAAGUAUUCAAUUUUUCCCUUUUCAUCAUGUGUCAUUUAACUCGUCUGUAUUAAAGAUGCUUGCCAAGUCUGGAUAAUUUUACGUUUUUAUGAUUAUAUAUUUAAAAGAUGGUUUACUAUGGAA